AUGAGGAUUGUUGUUCCAAAAGUGCCAAUGGAACCCACCAUGUGUGCUUCUGUUGAUCAAAGCCCUUAUCUUGUAGAAUCACAAGGGGCCUUGGUGGUUCUGCGUCUUAGGCAAUGUUUCAGUUCAACAACUAAGUUUAGGGCUUUCAACGUGCCAUUGGAGGAGGGUUUCCAUGGGUCAGAUUUGUUGCAGGAAAACAGUAUCCUAUUUCUGGGAUGCCAUAAUGCUUCCUUCUCUAUCAGAUGCAGCAACAAGAAGAACUUUCAAUGUGUGGGGAAUAGCAUUUGCUUCACGGUUGAUUUUUGUGAGUGUCUUGCACUUACCAGAAAAACAUGGACGCCAGUUCUUUUAAUUAUAAUAUGGAAGACGGGAAAAUCAUGUCCUGCUUGGGUAAACGCCUCAAUGUAA